CCGAUCCGAAGCGAAGAUGCCAGCAGAAGCCACCGUGAAAGCGCCCAAGAAGGGUUCAAAGAAAGCCGUGACUAAGACCGCCGCCAAGGGCGGCAAGAAGAGGAGAAAGAGCAGGAAGGAGAGCUACGCCAUCUACGUCUACAAGGUGCUGAAGCAAGUACAUCCCGACACCGGCAUCUCCUCCAAGGCUAUGGGCAUCAUGAACUCUUUUGUGAGCGACAUCUUUGAGCGCAUCGCCGGUGAGGCCUCCCGUCUGGCCCACUACAACAAGCGCUCCACCAUCACUUCCAGGGAGAUCCAGACCGCCGUGAGGCUGCUGCUGCCCGGGGAGCUGGCCAAGCACGCCGUGUCUGAGGGCACCAAGGCCGUCACCAAGUACACCAGCUCCAAGUAAACCAUCCCGCUGCUGUAAUCUACUAAACCAACGGCUCUUUUAAGAGCCACGCACUUUUUUCUUAAAAAGCAAAGUUUCAUUUAAAUUCAUAGAUUUGUGAUCUUUGAUUUAUCAAAUUUCCUGUUAAUAUUUAAUUAAAUAUUAAGUAACAUUCUUCAUAAUUGUCUUAAAUAUAAACUGCUGUCUUGAUUUGUUGUAUCUCCCUUCUUUCAAUGGGUCAGAGAAAUAUUAUUUCAGUUGUCUAGCACAUAAUGCAGAAUUGACAUUAAAGUUGACCUGCCAAUAAAGGAAAAUCCCCUUGUAA